AUGGACAAGGAAAUCCAGCUGGCCGAGCUGCCUCUCACGCAGCUGUGCGCAAUUUGCCGCACGUGCUCACUAGCCUGCUCCAAACGCCAUAAGCUAUGGUCACAAUGCUCUGGCAUCCGAGACCCAGCUGAAUACCUCAAGAGAAACGAAUUGGCCACACCAGCUGCAUUUGACAAGGACUUCAACUUCCUUACGGGCAUUGAAAGGUCACUUGAGCGUGCCGAAGUCGAUGCCGAAGCCCGAGGGAUCGAUCUCGUCCCCAACUCCGAUCCCGAUGGAGGCAAGGCAAAGCAACGGAGUGAUAUGGCGCGAGGCGAGUUGCCCUUGCAGCGUGGCAUGGAGAACAGUGGCGUGCGCAUUGUCAAAGCUCCAAAGGGAAUGACGCGGAAUAAAUUGAAUACAUCCCAUUGGCAUAGAAAACGAAGAUGUCUAAGCUGGGCGGUUGAGUGGAUAUUCCCUGAUGGCCAGAAAACAAUAACCAAGUGCUUAGAGAACACCAGCGUUGGAACGGCACUCACCCGCGUGCCGCUGGUUAAGGAACUAGGUUUUGCCAGCCGCCUAAACGAUGAGAAGAUCACAGAGCCUCCAGCGAAAAAGAGGAAAGUAUCCAUUGAAAAGAUCGUCAGGGACGGUGCCAUUGAUCCAGUGGAAGCAAGCACAGUCACAUCUUGCACUCUUGAAGGUUCUGUAAGCGUGGAAGAGAAUGGUGAUCCCGCCCCAGACGAUGUAUCUUCAUCUAAAACACUGAGCCCCGGACCUGCAUUACCGUCCGCAAACGAGAGCGAGCCUCCCCUAACGCCGCUACCAGUAGCUCUAACAUCCACAGCUCCACCAGCACCCGAAGAUAACCCUCUUACUAACAAUGAUGGCUCAUCAACACAACUACAUAUCUACCUGCACAGGCCGCAGACAUGCGCCAAAGUCCCGGUUCUCAUUCCGGUAACAGACCAGUCAUUGGCCUUGGGAGCGGUGCUUCGCGACAGAACUGUCCUCGAGUUCCCCACUUUUUAUGUGCUUGAGCAUUCUCCAGAUCAGAUAUCAGGUGAGAAGUAUUUGCUGGAAGAGCAGUACGUAACUCAGUACAAAGAUGAUAUCGACCCAGACGGUUCUGGUGAAGAAGGGGAGAUAGAUGAAGGAGAGGAAAGCGAAGAAGCAAAAAGACUCGCUGAGCUAAAUGCUCUAAAGGUAAUGGAAGUACUCAGGAGAGACUUGGAAGAAAAUGUUGCAUCGUAUUUUGAAUAG